AUGGAUGCCCUCAGACCUCUGGUGAAGCCCAAGAUCGUUAAAAAGAGGAUCAAGAAGUUCAUUUGGCACCAGUCAGACCGGUAUGUCAAAAUUAAGCACAACUGGUGGAAACCCAGAGGCAGUGAUGAUAGAUGUGCAGAGAUUGCUCACGAUGUCUCCUCCGAGAACUGCAAAGCCACUGUGGAAAGAGCAGCCCAGCCGGCCACCAGAGCCACCAAUCCCAAUGCCAGGCUGCAUAAUGAAGAAAAUGAAUAG